GACGAAACUAAAGCUUAAGAUGAUUUUGCUCUAUGAGCUGCAGAAGCGUUUGGCCAAUCUAAGGCCAACCACCACGAUUGUAACCACAGCCACCGGCGCCCGUUAUGUCGAACGGCGCAGAUCAUCCACCGACGAAGAUCUUCCGGAGCAACUAGAAGCACGCCAGUAUGGUUUCGUCGUCGACUCAAAGCCUGAUGCAGUUCCUGCGUGCAUCCUAAGUGAAUUUCUCUACUUGGGGUCUCAGGACGCCGUCAGCUCAGAAAACGUAUUGAAGUACAAUCUAACGCACAUCUUAAGCGUAGGCAUUGAAACACCCAAUGUCGAAUUGCCGCCCACAGUUAAGUGCAAGCAUUUGCCCUGCCUCGAUGUGCCCGAGACCAACAUUCUGCAGUACGUGUUGCCCGUCGCUAUUGACUUUAUAGAAGAGGCGCGGGCUGCGAAGGGCUGCGUCCUGGUCCAUUGCAAUGCGGGUGUAUCACGCUCUGCAUCAGUGGUCAUUGGCUAUCUGAUGAAGCGGCGGGAUAUGCGCUUUGAGGAGGCAUACAAUUUGGUUAAAUCGUGGCGGCCUUGUAUACAACCGAACGCCGGAUUCAUGCAGCAGUUGAAAAAAUUUCAUAAAGCAUAGUUUAAUAUGAACUAACAAUAGCCAGUAACGCCAUAUUUGUGUUAUUAAUAAAGUGUAUAAUUAU